AUGUUGGUAGUGGGUGUGGCUACAUAUACACUGUUAGUGAUCAUAGUACUGGGAGCUCUGCUGCACACAGCUGCUGGAUCUGAGUCCACGGUUGAACGGUCGGACCACAAGUGCGGCAAAUACCCUAAGGGCAGAUGGGCUUAUUGCGGCCCGGGACGAUGCUGUAGCGUCUUUCUCUACUGCGGGGUCGAUGAAUUCCACUGUAACAAGCCUGGGUGUUGGUUCCAGUGUCAUGCGGUUCCUCCUCCUACUGCUUCUUAUUCUCAAAGUAGCUAUGAAGAAGUAGCUGAUCAUGAAGCGGGAGGAGGAGGAGUACUCACACAUCUGGCUAACGCUACGCGUAGUGACAACCACUAUUUGAAUGGUGGCGAUGAUGAUGAUGAUCAGGAUGUUCUCGUCAACGUCAAUAAUGAUUCUUCUUCAUCCUCGUCGCAGGCGGCGUCACCGUUAUCAUGUGCAACUUCUCUCUCCCGUCUGCCUUUAACCUCUCGUCACAAGUAUCCUUUUGCUGCUUUACGUGCCCCGCUGCGUCGAAGCAAUAAUAAUGAUGUUACUGCUACUCGUUGUGGACGCUGCUUGAAGGUCAUUGGUCUUGGAGUUGGAGUUGGAGGACUUCCGAAUCAAGUAAAGGUUCGUAUUGCUCACGAGCACAACAACAAUCAGCUGGGCCUAGAAUUGGAUCUCAAUACUUUUAGACAGCUCGACGCAAAUGGCAUUGGAAUUACCACAGGUCAUAUUUUGGUGAAUUAUCAGUUUGACAACUGUUAA